AUGUCGCCCAAGAUACACGGGGACCCUUCUGAGGGGAAAGGAGAGCCAUCCUUCUCAGCCCCUCCGCCUUCGUACAGCGAAGCAACAGUACCAGGCGGAUCACAACCUCGACCGCCAACGUACAACGAGAAACCUGCCACAGACCCAAUUGACGAGCUGGUCAGCCGACUGCCUUCCUUGGUACGGGAGAGGCAGCAAUCGCAGGCCAGCCAACAACUCAGCCAGGACGAUACUCUCGUCCAGCACAUGAUGCCCUUUAUCAGGGAAUUCUUCCUCGACUUCUCCAUGGACAAUAACAUGAAGAGGUCCCGGAACUCACACAAGUCACUCUCUAUGGAGUUGAUGCUGGUCCCACAAGACGCGGCACCGAGUGACGAGGGGUGGACGCUGGCCGGACUGAACGAGAGGGAGGAGCAGAGUGCAUUUUUCAGGUUAAGCCAGAUCGCCGCGCCAGGCCAGCUCAGAUGGGUGUCCAAGGACGGAGAGUCGAUCCAGAUCCGCGACGACACUGCAGAAGCGGACCUUUUGUGGUGGCGUGAUGAAGAGCAUGCUCUCCAACUGGCUUCGGACCUCCGAGGCAUCGUGACUCCAGAGCGGUCUGAAAAGAGCGAGGCGCAGCGGCGCGAGGUCAUGGAGCAGCAGCAAGAAAUACCAGAACAACCCGACAUCAAAGGCAAAUCUCCAGUGCGAUCUUUCUUCGGGCUCUCGAGGAAAUCUCGAUCGCCGGUUGAGCCGGUAGUUCCAAAGGUCCAAAACAAGAGUUUUGCGACAGUUUCAUUAGGAAGCGUACAGGUGGAUGUACGGGCGGAGGAGGCCACUUUCCGGCGAGAAAACGAUUUUGGACUGUGGGAGAGCUCCUCAGGAUGGGCGGUCGUCAUCAAAGCGACGGUGCUAUAUUGA